AUGAAUAUCCGGCUGACGUUGAUGUCAGCCGUUUUUCUGGCCAGUAUGUGCCUUCUCAUUUCUGCUGAUUGUCCACCAAACACUUUUACUUGUAAGGAUGGAACAUGUAUUCCAGAAGAUUGGGUUGGAGAUGGAGAACCAGAUUGUGACGAUAGAUCAGAUGAAACGGGAGCAGCAGUUCAUCGUCAUCAUACUGAAGAUCCAUUCGAUGAAAUUAUUACACAAUCACCGACGACUUCUCGUCCGGAAGUAAUUGAGACGGAUAAAAAAGAAAAUGAACAGACUGAAGAGGAAAAUAUCCCAUUGACCUCAGAAUCGUUGGACAGCACCAGUGGAAGUACUGUAGACAGUACUGUUGACAGUACCUUCGAAAGCCCUUCUGAGAUUACUGAAAGCAGAACAUCAUCAUCUGCAGCUACAACAUCGGAACACGAUUCUGCAUGUCCAUAUGAACAUCAAAUUCGAAUCGAUGAAUGCUCAGAGCCCAUUCUUCUGUUCCUCCAUGAAAUUAAUGAUAUUUACUUCGAGAACUCGUCUUUCUUGGCUAACAAAGAGAUGCAAUCUAAAGUUGAAAAAGGAUGUUCUUUGAUGGAGGAAUAUAACAUCUGUAUUCAAGGAGCUUCACCUGCUUGUCAACCAGAUGCGGGAGUUUUAGCAUGGCGAGAUGUCGAAGUUUAUGCCUGUCAGCUUGUACUCCCAACUGCUCGUGAGUAUGAAAGCUGUUUCGGUGUUGGAAGAGAUACUCAAUGUUACGUUAGAUUCGAUGAAACUGCUUCACCUUUCUGUCGGCUAGUGUCUUCCAUUGCUCAAGACGUCGAGUGUAUUCAAAAAUUCUCGAGCAAGUGCAGCCAAGAUGCUUUGGAAAUGCUCCCACCUGUUCUGGAAGAAUCUGAACAUAUCACAUCUUCUAUUCGCUGCCCAGCGGUUCCAGCAACUGACACACCUGUAGCCACUGUUCCACCUGUUCCAGUUAUUGACGAAGAUGAAGCUCGCUCAACUCCAACUGCUAGUACAACCCAAACUGUGGGAACAACAAAAUCCAAAGAAUUAUCUAUCAACAUGGCUGAUGCUGUUAACUCAUUGUAUUACAUCUAUGAUAUCUGUUCAUCAGAUUAUUCUAAAUCACCUUUCAAACCUGUGGCUGCUAAGAUUUGUGAGAUGCAAGACGAAAUUGCCAAACAUUCGGACUGCUUCCAAGCCACUCUAGAGAAAGAGAAAUGUAAUAUCAGAGAAGUGAAAAGCGAAUGCGAAGCUUUGGAAGCUUUCAACUCCAACCUCGAUUGUGCAAUUGUCACCAUGAACGAUGCUUGUGAAGUUAAUAGUCAGAACAUGGUUAUUGACUUGCAAGAAAAAAUCAAUGACGUUAUUAUCGAACACAAAUGUUUCAAUGAGCAAGAGAAAUCAGAGAAAUCUUCAGAAACCACUGUUGACGAUGGAGAGUUCCAUCUGAAGUCUAGUCUUCCUCGUUGCGCUGAUGAACAAGAGAAUUCUGCUUUAGCUUGCUUGGUCGAACUCAUUGAGAUCAAUAAGCAAUUGUCUCAAUUCCAAAAUUUGAACUUCUUACUCGAAGUUGCCACCCCUAACUCUACUGUCGUCGCCAACAUCUGCGAACAAUACACUCGUUACGAAACUUGCCUUCAAGCCAACGUUUUCAAAAACUCAAAGAGGUGCUCAUUCUCAUCUCCUCUCAAUACUUUAGCCAGAAUUGGUUUGUCACCUAUCUGUGCCCUUGACUCCCGACCACUUCUUGCCAAGCACAGAAGUUGCCUCCAGGAACUAUCCGCUAAGAGCAACCAGAACACUAACUGUCAAAGUGGACUCUCCAACCUUGGCAAUAGUGUGAACAUGAUGCUCCAGGGAAUUCAUGGAGAAGCUCUCUUAUGUAAAUCAUUCUACCUUAUUCGCGAUACAUUCAGUUGCGGUGAGAUGGCCGUCGAAAAAACUUGUGAUGCCCAAGCCCUCAUGGAUUUGAGAAAAUUGAAGACUGAUAUGACAACACUUGGAGAAGAGGAGGGAUGUCCAACAGAGAUUCCAGCCAACCUUGACGAAAUCAUCGCUCGCCCAGUCAAGAGACCUGAUCCAAUUGUGCCAAUUGUUCCAAAAGCUCGCCCAUUGGCUUCUUCAACAAAUCCUCCAAUGCCACCUCCACCUCCUCGUGCUGCACCAGCUCCAGCUUGCAGUCCAGAUCAACAGAAGAAGUUCGAAAGCUGUGUUAAGCCUUUGACUGCUUUCCAACCACAUCCUUUAUCUGUUAUCAAGAUGCCAAGACAGAUUGAUGAGGCUUGCGCUGCAUUUGCUGAAUUCAAGGAGUGCUCAUCUGAAGUUCCUUGCCAUCCAUUAUGGGCUAAGGGAAUGACCGCCAUGUUUGAAUACGCUUGUGGUGAAGGAGCAGAAGAAUACAAAGAGAUUCGUCAAUGCUUAAGAAAAACUUCUCAAGGACCUAUCGUUUCUACCUGUGUUGGUAACUUCUCUCGUGGAGCACCAACUCAAGCUUGCCUUUCUGCUAACAAAUUGCUCAGUUGUUCGAUCUCUACUAUUCAAACUGAGUGUGGAGAGAGUGCUUCUAAAUGGAUCACAAGCUAUGUUACCAAGUUCGCAACAGCAAUUGAUAACCGCUGUAAACUUGCCAGUCAAUUACCUGUUGGUAAGAUUGUUGGAGUUGGAUGUAGUGCAGAAGAGGAAGCUAUAAUUGAACACUGUGGAGCUCCACUCAACGAUAUUGGAUCACGAAUGGAGGAACUAUUCCAAGGUGGAUUACAAUCCAUGAUCAAGAACAUCAAUGGAUUGGCUCCUGUGUUUGCUGGAGGAUGUAACCUUACAGAUGAGUUCAGAACAUGUGCUUCUUUCCUUCUCGCUGGAAGAUCUCCUUGCGUCGUAUCCAGUUGUAUGAUCCAAGCUGGAAAUGGUAUCUGCGAUCAACCUGAUCCAGCCAAGGCUAUUGAUGAGAACUUAAGUUGUGUAUUCGGUCAGAUUCAAGAACCAACUUUUGCUAAAUGUAUCCGUACAACCAUCUCAACUGUUAAACAGUUCACUUUAACUUCGUUCAGAAACGUACUUCCCAAGUUUGUUGACUGUACUGAAGAGAUAGUCAAAGAGAAAUGUGGAGAGACUCCAAUUAAUGUAUUGAGAGCUAUGUCUUCCCCAGAUCUCUGCCCAAUCGCUGCUUCACCAAUCGUCCCAUUGUCAGUUUCACGCCCAACACCAAUUAAGGUCGAACCUAAGUUACCUGUUUGUACCGAAGAAAAGAGAGCUUCUUAUGAAGAAUGUACUAGACCAUUCUAUUCCAAAUAUAGAAUGCUUCCUACAGUUUUGAUCAACGAAGUUGAUAACAUGGAUCAAAUCUGUGAAGAAGUAUUGAAAAUGGAUGGAUGCUCCGUUUCUACCCGCGUUUGUGCAUCACCAGAACAGCUUGCUCUGAAGAAGAUGAUGCAGAAAGUAUGCAGCACUAAAUCAGCUUUCGACCAAUACAAGGUCUGCUUGAAGGCAGUUGCCACCAGCCCAUUGGGAGCUUCUUGCAUGUCUGAGUACAUCUCCUCUCCUCCAGCUACCCGUUGUGAUUCACUCACCAAUGCUGCCAAGUGUAUGGCUAAGGAUGUCAUGUCUAAAUGCGGAGAGGCUGCCCUUGAAUAUUCUUACAACGCUAUGGCUGAUUUCGCUAAAUCCAGCGAUGGUACAUGCAUGAUUUCUACUCCAACAGUUGACCUUCUCACUGGUUGCUCUGAAGAUGAUGUUGUUGAGUUCUUGGACUGUGAAGCUUCUCUUGAUAUUUACAGCUUCAGACCAAUCUCCAUCAUUGCUGAUGGUAACCAACUCGAAUCCUUCUGCCAAGCUUUCAACACCAAAUACAGACCAUGUAUUGACAAGAUGAAAUGCAAGUUUGAACCCGUAAGCUCAACGAAUGUCAUGCUAAUGGAUAGUAUUUGCAAUAAGCCAGUAACAAAGAAAGAUCAAACUCAAUACGGAAAGUGUUUGUCCGAUUACACAAACUCGGUUACUGGUAGAAAAUGUAUCGAAAAGAUCGGAGCUGUUGACCCAUUAUCAAAGGAAGCUACAGUAGAUAUGUGUCCAGUUUUGAACGACAUUUUGAACUGCGCUUCUGAGGAAUUAGAAGAGAAGUGUGGUUAUGAUGCCUUACUCCACGUCUACGGAUUACAUAUUCAAUGGGCUCAAUCUUACAACUCAACAUGUGUUAUCACAUCUCCUCAAUCAAAGGAUGAUCCUUCAAACAUUUUGGAAGAGUCGAGAGAUGCUACUCCUCAAGUUGUUAUUAAGGACGAUACCACCCCAGCUUCCACCAGCAUGGAUACAGAACGUCCAACAACAACACAUCCAAAGGAUAUCACAACAACCUUAACAUCUACUACAACAACAACUACAACUGAGCCAAUCAAGGAAAGUUCUUGCAUAUCAGUUGUUAAUGUACUUCUCGUUGCCGUAUUCACAAGAUAUAUCUUGUGA